AUUCACCGACUUCACCGUUCAUUUGAACUUUCGAGACCGUCAGAAGAGCGCUCCGCGUGCUCGUCGAAUUGUUCCGGUCGCAGUCACGAAUCGAUCAUUUAGCUAUUUCAACAGGUUGCCGGCAACUUAUUCACGCCCUGAAUAUAUUCGAAUUUGCCGCUUGGAAAACAAUUGCCUAUCGAGGAAAUCAUCGCCUACUGUCGAAGUGCCGGAAAAAAAUACCUAUAAGGGGCGUGAUGAGAUUUUGUUUACCUUUUUAAAAAUGGCAAUAAUUGAGUGAUUUUUUGUAUUUCUUUGGUGAAUCAAUCAACUAUAUUAACAGUGAGAUUUUUGUUGUGAAGUGUCAACUAACUUUUUCAUUUUUUAACUUUCUGGAUAUACAACAGAUUAUUUUGAAGUCAACAUGGAAACUUACAUAGUGGAUAAAUCUUUCUAUGAUUUUGGAACAGCAGAGGAGCUAAAGGAGCUCUGGGAGGCAGAUUUAGAUCCGGCGAUGCAAGAGGUAUUAAAAAUGCAGUCAGGGGAUAUGACCAUCGAAUGGAGCUACAUACCAACCAAGGACCUGCCGGGAGUUAUUCUUCACGAUAGACUGAUGACGGACGCCGCUUUGGGAACCAGACCUAUUAAGACAGAACAUUCUUACAGUCUUACAUCAGAUGGAGAUAGUUUACCAGAUUCGCCUACUUCACACCACAAAGUUGAUGAAAUGGAUGAUGAGUGUUUCCCAGUAAUUUCAAUGAAGACCGCAUGCAAUAAUCUCCAACACGAUCCUUUAAAUAUCAAAGAUGAACCAGCUAGUGAGACAGACAGCAAUCAUUCGUCCUGCCCUUCAUCACCACAGUCUAUUUACGUAAACGCCAGUGACGUACUAUUAGAUGUAGAAAUGUCUCCCUCCCACGAAGACCACACAGCUCUAUUCAAAACAGCGACGACCACCCUCAAAACAUCCCCUCACACAGUAAUUCCCCAAAGAAUACAGUUACCUAUCCAAAAAGCGAAUUCUGUUAUCAAAAUCGAACAAACAGCUUUCCACAAUCUACCUCCAACGCCGCCAUCUUGCAGUAGCAGCGAAGACAGCGAAGACAAUGCGACCAUUUCACAACCAAGCUCACCUGCCGCCAGAAAAACAGCACGCCUCCUGUUGAAUCAACCUUCCACCAGACAGCCCAUCAAUACUCCGCUGAUCAGCAGUCAGCCAAAGGGCUCAACUGGCACUCUAGUCCUCACAGAAGAAGAAAAAAGGACGUUAAUUGCUGAAGGUUACCCAGUUCCUACCCGCCUACCACUGACAAAAUCAGAAGAAAAAUCAUUGAAGAAAAUAAGGCGAAAAAUCAAGAAUAAGAUAUCUGCGCAAGAAAGUAGAAGAAAAAAGAAAGAAUACAUGGACCAACUAGAAAGAAAAGUCGAGCAUCUCGUCACCGAAAACAACAGCUAUAGACAAAAAAUUGAAUUUUUAGAAGAUUCAAACGGUAACCUGCUUACACAGCUGCAGAAGCUACAAACUAUAGUGGCAAGGACCCACCCCCAAAUCAUUAAGCAACUAAAGCAAAGUCAUUAAAAAAGGGACAAUCGAUCGAUUUAAAAUCGAUUAUAAUAGUAUUUUAUUUUUAUCGUUAUCAGUACAGCUAUUUCAAGUCUAUAAAGUACAAAGAGGGAAAUCAAAAUAACAAAAAACGUGAAGCUAAUCUAUUCGUGUUGCCAAAUGCCCUUAGCAUUUUGUGAUUAAUUUUUAAACAACUAUCAGUUCAAAUCGUCUAGUUUACAUAUUUAUAUAUAACAUUGUUUCGUCCAUUAAAUGCAAUGAUAUCAAUGAUUUUGUUGUUACAAACAGCGGAACUGAUAGUUUUUUUCUAAGUUACAUCGAUUCUCUGGAAUUCAUUUUAACGAUAACUUAAGCCAGAGUCUUCCAUCUUCAUUCUUGUAUACAUUCCACAGCGUUGACAUAUUUACCUAAUACCAAAGGUUCAAUGUAAAAAGCUCAAUAAUAUUUUUUUAUAAAAUGUAUCUAAAAAAAUAAACCGUUCAAACGUGUACUUAAAAAUAUAUUUUAGAUAGAAUAUGUAGGUAUAUGUGCCUUAUAAAUCCGUUAUAAGUAUCGAUAGUAAGAACAUAAGAGUGCGAUUUUGGUUUUUGCUGAAAUUCUUUAUUUUAGCCUAACUCUAAAGAAGUAUCUGAUACGUUUUUUAGUAAAAUUUUAUCUUGGAACCCCUUGCAUUUAUAUCGACUGGUUUUUUAACGUUUAUUGUUUUAAUUUGAUUUUUAUACAUAAAACCCAUGAUACAAUAACCCAAGAUAUGAUACGUAGCGUUCCUAAUUUCGUUCAGGUCGCGCAUGACGUCACGUUGUGAGUAGAUCCUUUAAAUUUCGAAUGCAUUACCAUUAUGAUUUGGGGAUUUUAGCUUUUAAUAUCAGUUGUGAAAUUUUCUAGAAGUGCUGUUUUGUUUAGUACGAUUAAAUAUAAUGAUUGAGAACAUAAUCUAAUAAUAGAAAUCAAUUACACACAUGAUUUUUUAUUAUUAGGCAAGAUACGUCUCAUUAUACAUAAUAUAUUAAACUGUAUAAUACAUGUACUUACGAUGAAAUAAAGUAACAAUAAUAUUGUAAUGUGUUAAAUGAUAAAAAGAGUUAAAUCUGCAGUAGUUAUGAAGCCCAUCAGUUAUAUUUUAUCACUUCAAGAUCUCUUAUUCAUUAAGUAAUUAUACAGUGCGCUGGAAUAAGUGUUACUCCACCCCCUUAUUAACUUAUUUAUUUUUAGCACAUAAUCAAAACACUCAGACAGGUCAAUUUUUAAAAUAAUCAUAGUAUAUUAUAGCAUCAAUGUUUCGAACUUUACGCGAUCCCUCUUCAGGUGACAGGCAUAACUUUGAUUUUUUUAAAUGGGAAAGUACAUCAUGUGACACAUUUAAAAGCUUUUGAAAUACUGAUUACAAAAAUGUACAAUACUGUAAUCCUAUUUAAGAGCGUAGGCGCAAAAUUUCGGUCAAAUUAAUUUUAAAUGCAUUAAUUUUUUUCGAAUCCUGAGAAAACUAAUAAGUAUUUUUGAAAAAUUUAAACGCAAAAUGAGGGUCGGAAGUCCCUGAAAACUUUUAUAAUGUUUAUUUUAUUAAGUCAAAGGGGUGAAAAAAAAAAGAUAAAAUUUAGUCUGACUUUUAAUUUCAAAUAUAUCAUUAAAAAGAAACUUUUUGUUUAGUCUAAGGGACUUUCAGCCCUCCAUAAUAAUAUAAUAUUUGAUUCUGCGUUUAAAUUUUUCAAAAAUACUGAUUAGUUUUUUAAGAAUUCGAAAAAAAAAUGAAUGCGUUUAAAAGUAAUGCGCCUACGCUCUCUCAAAUAGGAUUAAAGUAAUAUACAUUUGUGUAAUCAGCAUUUCAAAAGCUUUUAAAUAAGAUAUUACAUUAUGUACUUUUCCAUUUAAAAAAGUCAAAGUUAUGCCUGUCACCUGAAGAGGAAUCGCGUAAAGUUCGAAACACUGAUGCUGUAAUAUACAAUGAUUAUUUUAAAAAUCGACCUGCCCGAGCGUUUUGCUUAUGUCCUAAAAAUAAAUAAGUUAAUAAUGGGGGUAACACUUAUUCCAGCGCACUGUAUUUAUGAUCACACCUGCUAAUGGAUAUUCAAAUAUACUGGAUAUAACGACUAUUCAAAUCUAACGAUGAAUAUAAUAUUUUUAUCUAUAAAUUUUUCUUAAUAAUAAGAAAACACCAAGGCAUUUAAUUUAUUCAAUAAAAAUUUGUUAACGUUAAAAUUAUUGUCUGCACGUUUGCAUAAUUGUUUCCACACACAUCGCACUUUUUUGUCUUUUGGGAAACUAAAAAACUUGAUAUUCGUAUCGAAACCUUGUGAUUGAUUGUAGACAUUACAACCAAACACGGCACACCUCAUUUUUAAUAAAAGUUUAACAAAAUAUAAGUAAAAUUCACCUUAAACACAAAAAUAAUAGUAUAUUAUUCAACGAGCAUGUAAUAGCCAUUACGUGCGAGUAGAAUUCCAUACUUUUUCUACGACCUUUUUAUUAUUUUAUUAGUAAAAAAUAUAAUUAUCAACUAAUCGAGUUUUAAAUUAAAAUAGUUUAUCAAAAUACUUAAAUGCUGUUUACCCCUAGUACGUGGCUAAAUAAUUGGUUGCCUACUAUUACCCAAUUCUUAUUUAUUAUAAAAAUGCAACAAGAAAUAGUCAGUCCAAGUUCUAUUCGUUUUCGAAAAAUUAUAAGCAUAAAUUUGUACCUACUGUCAGUGAAUCUAAUAAAUAGGAAAUGGCUACUGUGGGUGGACGUAUUUCAUAUAGCUAUAAUGUAUAUUUACAUUUAACUAUAAUAUAAUAUAUUUAAUAAUAUAACCAUAUAUAAUAUGUUAUAUCAUAUUUAACACAAUAUAACUUGAAAAAGAAACACAAUAUUAGUUAUAAAUUCCAAUUAACACCAACAAAAUGCGCUAACGUCAAUUAAAUAAAUGAUAAACGUCAAAAUUUUUAGUAAACAAGACAUACCUAAACGUAAAAAUAUACUGACAUUGUUACAGUUAAAAUUCCUUUAAAAUUUUUCCAGGUUAAUUAUUGAUAUAAAUUACAAUAAUUAAAUUAUGUAUUAAAUAAGCAAGUUUAAGUAAUUUUGUUUGCAGUUUAUAGAGAUACGAUUAAUAUUAAAAUUGGCAUGCGCCACUUGAAUCUAACUUCAGCCCGUGAGUAAUGACCCGCGAGUAACUUCAGCCCGUGAGUAAUGAAUUAUUACUCACGGGUACAGUAAUGGGUGCUAUUCUCUAUUAAAAAAUAGCGAAUAAUGAGCAUAUUAUUAAACGGUCGUAGAAAAACACUGUUUACUACACGACAACACUGAAUAUAAUGCUGUUCUACUCACAGAGUGACGUAGCUACGUAGGCCCCGCCCACCUGCUCCAUGUCAUAUGUUCAGAGUUAUUGUAUCAUGCAUAAAACCUGAUCGAAGGACCAAUACGUUUUGUAUAUAUUUAUUAAGUUAUAUUAGUAAUGAGAAGUGAACGCAUUUCUAUGUUCAAAGAUUACGGUGUUUGAAGUGCUCCCUAGUUUUUACUGUCUUUACUUAUAAAAUUAGAGUAUAAAAUUUGAGGACUUUUUGUGUAGGUAUCUCAAAAAGUGUGUUUUAUUAACAUAGCUGUUUUUUUAUAUGACUUAGCUUGAGAAACAUUCGUACCAAAUGUAUAUUUUUUGAAAAGCUGAAAACGGGACCAUGCUUUUUUAGUACUUAUGUUGCUUAAUUUUUAAUUUAGAUUGCAUAGAAAUCCGUAUUGUUUAGUAUAUUGGCAUUGUAGGAUAAAAGUUUUAUGGCCUUAUAAAUAGUUUAUUGAUAUUUGUUUGAAUACGAUAACAAAAUAAUUAAAAAAAUAUAGAGAUGACUAUUAUUUUUGUACUCUUUCUAAACUUUUAUCCUUUGGUGUUUAUUAGCAUUCUUAAAAUUUAAACUUAUUCUAAUGCAUAAAAUCUACUGGAUGAUUCAUUAUUUAGAAAAUUAAACAGAAAAUAAAGGAAAAAUCUAAGAUAGUGUAUAGUUGGUUUUAAGAAUGGGGAUAGGCAUUUUUAUUUAGAGUGAAAAGUAUUAUACUUACUUAUGUUUUUUGUGGAGUUCCUGUCAAAUUAAUGAGUCCUUUAAAAUAAAUAUUUAUUAUUCAUUAUCCUAUUGAUAAUUACAGGACAGAAAACUACAACUAUAUUGUCAUAAUUAUAUUUUAAGCUUUUCUCUCUUCUUUUAUUCGGGACACAAAAAUUAAUAUAAUUUUAAAUUUUAAACAAAAAUUUUAAAAAAUAUCAGCAGAUGAGAGACUGAAGAUAGCGUCUUAUUCUUGUAGUGCCUGUCCGAUUCUGAUGUUGGCGACCAUCAUGGCAAUCUGUACUUUGCACAUUAUAGUUCCGAAAAGAUUUGUGGUUUUUUAGUUGAGCCUCGUGCAUAGAUUUUUCAGCCAGGAAAAUCGUCUUCGCCUUCCUGGUCCUCGCUUUCCUUCUACUUUCUCAUGUAAAAUUAGUUACAGCAAUCCAUAUCUUUCGCUGUUUCUCGUGAUGUGACUGAGGUAUUCAAUUUUGGAUGUUUUUAUUGUGCUCUUUUUCUUUUGGCAUUAUUAAUAAGACGUCCUGAUUAGUAACAUGGUCGGUAUCUUUAGGAUUCGAUGAUAAAGCCACAUUUGGAACGACUCAAUUUUCUUGUAGGUAGAGUCUGUAGAGUCCACGGUUCAACUCCGUACAACAGUAUUAGAAAGAUAUCACAUCGUAAUAACCAAUGGCGGCUGAUCAGAGGAGGCAAGGGAGGCUUAGCCUCCCCAUAAAUUUUUUACACAUGCUACACUGUUUUGUUUACUUUUCUAUUUUGCUUCGCGUUAGAGAUAUCGGAAAAAGUUAUUUCAACAAGUUAUUCCAAAUAAUAUUCUAACCUCACAUACCAAAUUUCAUCACAAAAUUCGCACUUUUAGUUUUUUCAUUAUUUGUAGUCAGGAUCCUAAAAUCCAGUAAUAACCUGAUUGUUAUUAUCAUCAACAGCUAUUGCUUUCCAUAUCCUAUAUUUUCGUUUAAGUUGGUACUAAGAUAGAUGUAUGUUUUUACUCAUUUUAUUCGUUGACCGUUCACUGAUUCGUCCAAAUUGCUGUUCUUUCUUAGAAAUCAUCACACGUUUUGUUUUCGUAAUGUUGAGUGAAAGACUUAUCUCUGACUUACUUCUGAGAUCCUUUUCAUUAACUCCUGGAGGGUUUUAUAACUGUCAACGAAUACCACCGUGUCGUCCGCAUAUUUGAUGUACCUAUUUAUUGAUAUAUUCUCCGUUAAUUCGAAUUCAGGUUUCAACAUCCCCUACUGCUUCUUGAAACAUUUCCUCAGAACAUAUGUUAAACAGCAGAAGUGAUAAAAUACAUCCCUGUAGGACCCCACGUUGGAUUCCUAUAUGGUUUCUUCUUCUACACGUGCCAUCUUCGCGACGAAGGUUGGCAAUCAUCAUUGCUAUUCUUACUUUUGACACUACAGCACGAAAGAGUUCAGUUAAACUGCAUCCAAACCAUUCUCUGAGAUUUCUCAGCCAGGACAUUUUUCUCCUACCUAUGUUGCACCUUCCUUGAAUCUUUCCCUGCAUAAUUAAUUUUAGGAGUUUAUAUCUGUCAUCACGUGUUAUAUAACCCAAGUAUUGAAGUUUUCUUAUUUUGAUGGAAUCCAGUAUUUCCCUGCUGUUCUGUAUUCUCCUUAGUACUUCCUCAUUGGUUAUUCUGUCUGUCCAGGAGAUUCUCAGCAUUCUUCGAUACGUCCACAUCUCAAAUGCUUCCAAUCUAUUGAGGCAUUGUUUAUUGGAGGCAUUAGAGGCGUUGAGGCAUUGUAGGAGUCCAUGUCUCCACACCAUACAAAAGAACAGAAAAUACAUAACAUUUUAGUACUCGUUUUCUAAGAUUUAGGCUGAGGUCUCUACUACAUAAUAAUUUCUAUUCUAAUUCGGAUUUCUUUGGUAUAAUCGUUUGUUUCACUAAUGUUUGUCCCUAAAUAGUUAUAAUUCUGAACUCGUUCUAUCGUCUUAUUAUUUACGUGUAGAUUUAUGUUUCUAAUAUUUUUCUUUGAUAUAACCAUGAAUUUAGUUUUCUUUAUGUUUAGUGACAGACCAAAUUCUUCACUCAUUGCAACAACCUUAUUUAAAAUUCUUUGUAGGUCUGUAAUAGAUUCUGCUAUUAGUAUUGUGUCAUCGGCGUAUCUAAUUUCACAUAUGGGUAGGCCAUUUAUUUUUAUGCCUGCUACUUCAUCUUCUAAUGCUUUUUUGAAUAUUUCUUGUGAGUAUGCAUUAAACAGUGAUGGCGACAAGACACAGCCCUGUGUAACGCCUCUUUUGAUUUUUAUUUUAUUGGUGUUUAAAUUAUUUAUUCUUAUGGCAGCUUCUUGUUCAUAAUACAGAUUAUUUAUUAUUCUUAUAUCCCGUGUGUCGAUGUUUUUUGUUCUCAGUAGUUUUAUUAACGGAUUAUGUUUCACCGUAUCGAAUGCCUUGUUAUAAUCGAGGAAGCAGACAUAGAUGUCCUGGUUUGCAUCUAAACAUCUCUGUAUUAGCACAUUUACUGCAAAUAAUGCUUCUCUCUUUCCUUGUGCAUUUCUAAAUGCGAACUGAGUUUGUCUAAUGUCUUGUUCUAACUUUUUGUAUAUUCUACGAUGAAUAAUCUUUAGAAAUACUUUGAGUAUGUGGCACAUUAGACUGAUGGUACGGUGUUCGCAACAUUGUCUGGCGUUUCUCUUUUUCGGUGUAGUCACGAAUGUUGAUAGAAGCCAUUCUUUAGGUAAUAUACCUGUUCUGUAUAUGAUAUUAAAUAAUUCUACAAUUACAUGUAUAUUGCCGUCGGCUAUAAGUUGCAAUAUUUUUGUCGGUAUUUCGUCCAGUCCUACAGCUUUCCAAGUUUUCAGUUCUUUAAUGGUGUGUUUUACUUCACUUUCUAUUAUUUCUGGUCCAGUCUCCUCAACGAAAUAUUCGUUAUCUAUUGUGUCUCGGUUGUCAUUAAACAGCUGUUCUAUAUAGUUUGUCCAUAUAUGGUUUAAUAAAUUCUAAAUAUGUAUUAUUAGAAUGUGCCAGAAAUAUCAUGAGAUGAGAUUGUUGUUGGGCUGAAAAAUUCUUGGCCUGAUUUUAUUUUUCAACAUAACCUCUAAUAUUAAUAAAUUUCAUCCAGUUGUUCCCAAUCCUAUUAUUUCUCCUUAUGGUGUUCCUGUGCAAGUGCUGCAACGUACUCAUCAAUGCCUUUUUAUUGACUUCCGCAAUGAUUUUUAAAUUGGAUGAAAAGUUCAAAGCGAAAAGCGCUGACCAGCGAUGAGGGAACUUAACUUUUGAGAACAGCUGGGAGUAAAUCUGGCAAAUAAGGUGGAUAUUCCAGCAGUUCAUAGCUCAUAGUCCAAAUCCUAUAAUUUUCCCUUGGCAAAAAUACUUUUGCCUGAUUAUUUUUGGUGUAUGUAUACAAACAGACAGAUUAUUUAGUGUUGGAUUAGAUAUAUUCCUCUGAAGGAGGCGCUAAAAUUGGCAACAUUGCUUGUGAGAAGAAGUUACAUGGCUACUGUAGAAUAACGAAUGACUGAAUGAAUCGGCACGAAUCAGGUUCACUAGGUGGGAAGCGGGGAAGCAGUGUUGCCAUGUAUAUCUAAUAUCUAAUUUAAAAGCGAACAGUCUGUAUACGAUUUUGUUCUUUAUAAUGAAUCAUCUGGUUUGAAUGCUUACCUAAAACAGACUGAAAUUUUAGAGUCGAUGAUUUUUAUAUACAAAUUUAUUCCGUUGAAUAUUGGUCUGAAUAAGUGCAAUUAAAAGGUAAUCGAUAUCGUAAGCUUAAUGAAUAUUUAUAUACAGGGUAAAGUGGAAAGAAUCACUUAGGACGUUUUUGUACUAGAUAAUCUAAUUUUCAAAAUGAUUCCAAAUAUUUAGGUAAAUAUUAUAGCGUAUGCUGAUAGAUAUUUGUAACCGAAGAGUAUUUUCUUAAGUAAAUGUAAAUUGUAAUUUUUAGAUAAAGAAUUUAUUACUGCUUAAAUAAUUUUUGAAAAUAAGAUUACAGAGUUUAAGUUGACACAAGAAUGAGUGGUACUAAUUGUUGAUUAGUUGAACAUCCGGCUCGAAGGACCAAGUGUUCAACGAAACAAUAUAAAAUAUUUAAACAAAUACUCUAAACGAUAUAAAAUAUUUUCUUCAAGUCCUAUCUCCGCGAUGGAGGUCGGCAAUCCUCAUAGCUAUUCGGACUUAAGAGACGGCUGAUAUGAGAAGUUAAUUUAAUGUACACCCACUAUUUUAAGUUUCGCAGCCAUGAUAUUUAUUCUAAAAUGCUUGGUAAUAGCGUCAUCCUGUCUGACACCUCUUUGAAUUAUCUUGUACUACAGGGUUAAACGCUUUGUGGAAAUCUAUAAACACUAAUACCAGAGGUGUUCUGUUGUGUUCUUUGGAUUUUUCAGUAAGUUUUCUUUUUAGUUUGCAGGUGGUCGUUGGUGCCAAACUGUGAUCGAAAUCCCGCUUGUUCUUUCGCUUGGUACGUGUGUAGUUUUCAUCCAAUCUUGUUGUUAUGAAAGACUACUCAUAUGUAUUUACAUUUCCCUACACCUUUUAACCUUUCCGUAUCUAGUAAUAUGGUAGAUGUUUUCGAUCGUUUUAAUUAUUCCUCUCUGGCGUACAAUAAAUGGAUAACAUCAUUUAAUUUACCCUGUCAAAUGCCUUCUUUAGGUCCACGAAACAUAAAUAUGCCAACUUGUUGUAUUCUAAUGGUUUCUCUGGAACUAAAUCAAAUUAGUACUAUUAAUUGUGUCAAUUUAAACGUUUUUUGUUAACAGUUUAAAAAAUAGUGUCUAUGUAAGUACGUUUUAAAAAACGAAAAACGAUUGUAUGAAUAUAUAGCUGCAUUUAUAUUGUAUAUAAAUAUUAGAUAUAUCUGUUGCAUUAUUCAGAGUUUAAAAUAUUUUAUACUUAUUAUAUUGUUAUACAAUUGAAACAUAUAUUUAGGAGUGUUUAGAUUAUUUAAUCUUAAAUGUUUUGAGAUUAAGUUUUCAAUUAAAAAACGUAUUGAUAUCGAUAACAAAUAGCUCUAAAUUUUAACCAAAUACAAUUUACGGAAAUUACAUGUAUAUUUGAAAGUUAAUAAUUUCAAUAGAACUUGGUUAUAAGGCUAAAUAUUUUAACUUUUAAAUAGUGUUAGCCUUCAAAUUAUAAAGAUGAAGCCUAACCUAACUUAACCUAAAUUAUAAGUGUGGUAAUCAAAAGAUUAAAUUAUGGACAAAAUAAUUUUAAUUAUUAGAUUUAAACGCCUUAUUUUGCUUAUACAGGGUGUUUGGUAAUGAAUGGGUCAUAGCUUAACUUUAGAUUCCUGACCUUAAAAUAGUUCGAUUUAAGCUAACUUACCUUAGUACGAAAGUUGAUAAUAACCGAAGUACAGGGUGUCAAAUUUAAACUUUUAUUUUAUUUAUUCUUGAAUAUUUCGUGACAGGCAUGAGAUAACAACACGAAAUUUGGUAGGUGGGGGUAUUUUGGAACGAGAAAUUAAAUUCGUCACCAAAAAGCGUAUUACCCAAAGGGCGCCACAUACGUCUUUCAACGCUCAUUGAAUACGUUCAAUUUUUUAUCCCCCACUCUACAUACAUUUGAAAAAAACUUUUAUUUUCUUAAUAUUUUUACUUAAAAAACGUAUACUACAUUCAUCUCGCUAAACUCAACUAUUUUCGAGAUAAACGCAUUUUAAAUAUGCGAUGCAACAUAAUUUUUUGCAUAAGAUCAUUGUAGUUAUCUACACCCGAAAAUUAAACUUGAAACCACAAUAAUUGUGCACGUUCUUACAUUUAUGUCAUCGCAUCGCAAAUUCCAUUUGAAGAUUGCGAUAUAUUUUUGGGAAUUAAUAUGGGUUUAAUUUAUUUUUAUCUCGAAAACGGUUUAAGUAAAGAUAUUAAGAGAACAAACAUUUUGAUUCAAAAAGGAUAUAGAAUGGGUAAUAAAAAACUGAACGUUUUAAAAGAGCGCUGAAAGGCGUACGUGGCGCCCUCUGGGUAAUACAUCAUUUUUGGUGGAGAAUUUAGAUUUCUCGUCCCAAAAAAAACCAUUCUUACCAAAUUUCGUGUUGUUGAAAAUAUUCAAGAAUAAAUAAUAAUAAUUUACCUUUGACACCCUGUAUUUUGGUUAUUAUCAGCUUUCUUACUAAAGUAAGUUAGCUUAAAUCGACCUAUUUUAACAUCAGGAAUCCAAGGUUAAGCUAUGGGUCAUUCGUUACCAAACACUCUGUAUAUAACGUUGCUGUGUCUCACUUUUAUCUAAUAAUUCAACAUAAUAAUAAUAUAACAGCUGUUGAGAUAUAACAGCUUUUUUGAAAAAAUUUAAAAAACUUCGAUAAAUACGAUGAACCAGUUUGUGGAAAAUAUCAAAUGGUUUGUGGCCCAAUGGCAAUCAAAUGGAUGAAGUCAAUGCAUAUUUGUCUACUUCUACUGAGAGUUAAGACAAGUAAUAUAAAAUAUUACAUUGUUUUAAUUGACCAAAAAUUUAUUUUGUUACGAACUUUGUAUCCAGUGUUUUUCUAUCACAAGAGGCACAAAGAAAUUAAAAAGAAUUUUAGUAAUAAACGAAAUUUCUAACUUAUUAAAUUAUUGUUUUUAUCAGGUGGUUUCUUUAUCUAGGUAAAUAGAUUCAAUGAGAUGGAUUUGAACCUAUUCCACUGCGACCUUUUCAUAUCUCUUUUGGUCCUCUAGACGUAGAUUACAAAGAACCAUUGCUGGCACCAACUGCUGGCACAGAACUGACACCAAAUGUGCUCUAUUGUUUCUUCCUCUAGGUGACACAAUCUGUAUAGGUCAGCAUCUGCCAAUCCCAUCAACUUCAACUGUCUAUUCAGCUGCUAUGGCUUUGAUUGUUUUCCUGUCUAUGCCUAUUAGGACUGUCGUAAAUUUUGGCUAAGAAUGAACUGUUUCGUUUGUUUUUAUCCUGGUGAUCCUUCACAAUUUCAGGGAUUUGUGAGCUACCCACUUUCUUGUAGCCGUUAUUGUUACUACCUUUGCAACGCCCUAGAAGGUUCCGAUCCUACCAAUGACAUUGAUGAGCUUUGUUUGACCAUUCCAUCAGCCUUUUCAGUGCCUUAAGAGUUGCCUGGCUAUCUAUGAAGAUAUUCCCAUCAAAUUCCAAUAACAGGUAAUACAUAAUAUUUACGAAUUGUUUAAAAAGUUAUAUUUCAAAACUAUUUGCUUUUUAAUAAGCUUUUAUGCAUUGUUUUAUAGUUGUCCUUCCUCGUUUUUUCGUUCACAACAUUCUAAAUCAGUUGUUCUCAACCUUUUUGAGUCAUGUACCACAAAAUCCUUUUAAUUAUUUUUGGUUUCGCCUAACUGAAAUACCUAUCAUGCUGGAUUUUGGCUGUUUUUUGUAUGGAUGUACCACAGAUUGAGAACUUUGAGAACUGUUUCAAAUCAUUUUACUAAGGCAUUGUGUUGUUACAAAAGUUUAUGUUGGUCCAUAUAUUUAAUUUUCACAAUUGACAAGAGAUGGCGCUCUUUAUAUUGAGUAUCCUAUUAAGCAUAUUUUUGAAGAACUAUAUCGAUUUAAAUUAUGUUCAUGAGCAUUUUAGGAGAGUUAUUCCUAUAGACUAGAGUUAAAAUUUAGAGCUCGGUUAUCAAUUAUUUAUAAAAGUUGAAGCUUCAUGUUUUAUAUUCACUUGUUUAUUAGUUUUUGUAAAUAAUAUACGAGAUAUGUUGCGAGAAUUUAGUAUUUAACUUGGAAUUAAUUUAGGCCGUAGUGAAUUUUACUAGAAAAUUAGACGACUUAGAAUUCGACUAGGUUUUCUAAUCGUGGGUAUAUAACAGAUAAAUAUAUUAUACUCUACAUAGGUCAAUUUCCAGUCAAGUUAUUUAUGUUAACUUAUUUGGUUAAUAAGUUUAGGAAGGUAGAGAAUAGCAGCUGGGAAAAAUAAUGAAUAUAUGUGUACAUGUAAAUGAAUUGAAAAACAUAUUUUACUUAGGGGAGUGUAGGAUUUAAAACCAAGGUCACAUUUAAUAAUUAAUUUUAUUAUUCCUUCAGCUAGAGACGCACCCAUUAGACCCUAUAUGAGCGCUUAACGUGCCUGUUUAUCUGAUAAGCGCGCGUUUGCAUGUGUACGAUACAAUUCAUUACUUGGUAACUUGAAACGCGGCGUCUAACGUCCUCAUCUGUACGGGGUCUUAGAAAUAAAAAAACCGAUACUUUAGUUUUGUACUGUCCAUCCUUGGAUUAGAGCAAACUGAAACAGAUAUAAAAAAAACUUAUUGUCGCAUUCGGGUUCAGCAUUAAAAAUGGUAAAGCCGGAAAUUUUUUAAUUUUAGUUUAGAUAAAAAUAAAAAAUAUAUUUACUCAUAGACUAUGAUAGUGAGAUAUUAUUUAUUCUAAAUCAUCUUAUACGCUCUGAGCUUCGCUGGUAUCGCUAACUAGCGGAUUACUAAUGCAACUUCCGUCGGAAAUUUUUAAAUUUAUUAUUUAAUUUUUAUCGCGUAAUAUUUACAACGCAAAAAAGUAAUUAAAUUGUAAUCGAUUUUUUAAAGAUUUUGUUAAUCAUUUUGACGUUCUAUUGAUGAAAUAUUAGUUUCUUACUUCGGAAACUUUCACAAUUAUCGUGUAGAUGGCGCUUAGGUUAAUAGAAUAAUUUAUAAAGUAAGUUAUCAAUCAAAGUAGCACAUAAAACGACAAUAAAUAUCGUCUCCAUACCACCAGAUUGACAACAGGUGGAAUACUUUCUUUGGUUACACCUCCUGAGAUUUUCAAAAUUUAUAAAUCAUACAGGAUGCCGAGGAAAUUAAGAUGAGAGAAUUUUAAAUAAUUCACAACUCAUCUGCUCAGCGUGGUAAAAGCUCCAACAAGAAAGAUUCCUUAAUACUCAAACAAAAGAGUAAAUGACUUAAAAAUGUAUAAACAUUAUCAAUUUCUUUGCAACACGAAAAUGCAGCAGCUGCAUAAUACUAUGGUCAAAUCUGAGAGUGCAGUAAGAGUCUAUACCGGUUUCGGGGGUUGUUUCCCCCUCAUCAGUAGUCCCAUAUCAUCCUCUCUCAGAUUCUUACCCGUACCACACUUUGGGCCUUUCCGAAUUGCAAAGAAAGAAAUGUCACGGAUGAACUAAUUCACUAAUUUUUAAUUUUUAAUUCACUUACUCUUUUGUUUGAGUAUUAAGAAAUCUUUCUUGUUAGAGCUUUUACCACGCUGAGCAGAUGAGUUGUGAAUUAUUGAAAAUUCUCUCAUCUUAAUUUCCUUGGCAUUCUGCAUGAUUUAUAAAUUUUGAAAAUCUCAGGAGGUGUAAUCAAUGAAAGUAUUCCACCUGUUGUCAAUCUGGUGGUAUGGACACGAUAUUUAUUGUCGUUUUCUGUGCUACUUCGAUUGAUAACUUACUUUGUUUUUCAGUAGAUGGCCCUAGUUCAUCCGUGACAUUUCUUUCUUUGCAAUUCGGAAAGGCCCAAAGUGUGGUACGUGGCAGAAUCUGAGAGAGGAGGAUAUGGGACUACUGAUGAGGGGGAAACAAUCCCCGAAACCGGUAUAGACUCUUCCUGCACUCUCAGAUUUGACCAUAGUAUUAUGCAGCUGCUGCAUUUUCGUGUUGCAAAGAAAUUGAGAAUGUUUAUACAUUUUUAGAAUAAUUUAUAAUUACAUAUUACGAAAUAUUAAAAAACUUAAAUGCAGUACCUAUUUAAAACGCAAGUAGUUGGUAAAAAUAUAUAUCAUAGCUUUGACCAACUAAUAUUAUUUAAAUAAUUAAUCACUUUGACAUUUAUGUCAAACUUCCAGAAAGAGUUCACUGACUUGUCACUACUGGCGCUCACAAACUUUUAAAUAUCCCCUCUACGUAUGAGCUCACAGCGUAUAACGGGUAACUCUGUUACACACCAGUCUCAGUAAAAAACAACUUUAAUUUAAGUAAAAAUGUCCUGUCGAAGUUAUCUACGACGCUACGAUCCACUGUUGAUACCUGCGGCCAAUAAAUACGGUUAAUUGAAAGGAAAAUAGGAUGCGUUACGUAAUAUACACACACAUCAAGAAGAAAGAACCAUCAGUAAUUGUUCUAGGUUUGAGCUAGGAUGUAUCGGUCAAUAAUCGAUCCGAUAAGGAACGGGAAAUCGACCAAUCAAUACUUGGUCGCCGCGGCAGGACAGUUUAUCCCUAAAUCGCCGCUUUAAGAUCCGGUUUGGGAGCUGCUACUAAAUCAACACUUUAGUAGAAGCGGUAAAGUCUUCAGUCAAUACCCUUGGGCCAGUCAAGUUGUUACCAGAUUAACACUCCGGUAAAACUCCCCUCUCUAUUGUGGCGAACUUCGUUUUAUAUCGUUGCCAACGGUCCAUCUCCACUGCUCAUCGAUUGCGGUGGUAAGGUGGGAGUGAGUGCAAUAAGGAGUGGGCAAGCCAUCGGCGCGAGCUGGCGACGCUCUCGUUACAAUAUUCAGUCAAGCUGAAGUGCCCAAGUGGUCAAGGAUACGGACUUAAAAUAAAUUGGACUCUGUUCACACGUAUUCAAAUCAUGCCCAUAGUGUAAUCAGUUUUGUUUUUAUUUUCAUAUAAAAUUAAUUUUACUAAAAACUCUUAUUAAGUAAUUCUAUGUUGGGCUUAGAGUUAAUAUUUUCUCCUCAAAUCCUUUCGUUUACAUUACAAAAUAACCGUUAUUUACAUGUAUGCUUUCAACGUAUCAUAUGUAAAAAGAUCAGCAGUAGCUUUAUUGUUCGAAUGCUCAUGAGUUCAGAACAAUUAACACUGUAUCAAGUCAAAAGAGACUUUUAGACAUUGUUGGCUUUGAAUACUGCGUUUAGGAUAUUACAUUUUAUCUUCUUAAUUUAUUUAGUUUUAAAGUUUUCACCUCAGUGAGAUUUGACCUCGGGUCUCCUUGCACACCAAUGAUGAAUACUGUCAAAUACACCAACGAAGCCUAAAAAACAGAUUUUCACGAACUAGCAAAGUCUCCUGAAGAAUCCUUCCUUGAAGUAGCGCCAAGAAAUAAGCUUCAUGUGAAAGAUUCAUUGUAAACGGUUGGAUGAGCUCAUUUACGCGAUGAGGGGAGUCCGUUAUACAACAUAUAAACUUUUUCAAUUUUAUUAAAGCUAUAACAAGGGUGUUAACUUAAUAGCAGUUUUAUGUAAUUAAAAAAUAAUAAAUAAAUAAUAAAGUUACUGCAUUUAAUUUUAAAAAUAUUAUUUAAAAUUUAAAAAUACAGAAGAUAUAUUAUGAAGUUUCGCGCUAGUGUACAGUACCGCCUACUUUAACAUUUUUUUUUAUGAAAUAUUUCUAAAUUUUUUCGAGAACUAAAAUUUAACCAAUUAUAUUAUAUAAUAAAUCAGCGGAAGAUGGUAUGCCUCGUGCUGCCCGCAGUUAUGAUUUUUGUACGCUUAAUAGUAAAUACACUCCCCAAAACUUUUAAUACCCGAUAGUUUUGAGUAUUUCAUACCUCGUAUAUACAAGAAACAACCCUAAAAUUAUUUUACAUAACAAAAUAAACAUAAUAUUUACUUAUUUUAUUCUAGCUGCUACUAUCUUUCUUUUCGUCCAUUGUUAUAGUAUGCAUAUAUUGCAUUUUACUUGAAGAUGAUUUUAUGAUUAUUUAUUGAAACCUAUAUGUAUUUUUGUGCAUUUGUAUGUAUUUAUAAUGUGGAACACAAUAUUAUGUGCAACAUGUUCCUUUUUUAAUAGAGGGGCCACAUAAGUUUAAGAAAUUUUGUCUGUCUGCUUAAUUGCACUGGGUACCAAUAGCAUUUGUUUGUGUAUAACAAACAUAACAAAUAAAAGAAAUUAUUGGAAAA